CUAUGAAGUCAGCGAGGCGGUAUCUUCAUCGUGGUUCCAGAACCUCCUCACUUCCACUCCCCACUGCUUUCCUACGAAUCAAGUUCAAUUCGAGUUAGAAUAAGCCUAAUCGUUUUAUAAUCAGGCCAAGGCAGGAUGCAUGGACCUCGAAAAAUUCGUAUUCGACCAAAUACACCCGAGGAGGCACCGCUCCAGCAGUACUGCCAGCCAGGUCCGAGUAAAGCUUGGAGCAAAGAUCCAGUAAUUCUCAGUCUCAAAGUAAGAAAAGUCGUUCGGAAAACGGAACCCAGGCCAAGCGUAUUAGGCAUGGCUGCACAGGUCCUUCCCAAGAGUUCUGCAUUGGCUUUCCCUGUGACUGGAACUCGACCGCCUCCAGACCAUGGAUCACAGCCUGCUACACGUGGACUCAUGGAAAGAAGCGGCAGGGAGUCCUUAUAUCCCGUCAUGCGGGCGAAGGAAAACUUGCCGCCAGCAGGAAUUAUGGAGUCAGAAUUACUCCCUGCAACCAGCCAAAAGCCCCUGAAGCAAAGCAGAGAUACAGCUUUGAAAAACCCACAGAACUGUAUGCCUAUGCAUGUUGCCAGUGUCAAGAAUAGAAGUAGAGGGGUGCCCUUGGCAAGAUCUUUAUUCAAAGGCCCAUUGGGAGAAACCCCAGUUCCUCUAUCUGCUAACAAAAAGAAAGGUGUGUGCCAGGAGAAGUCACCUUUGAAGAAGUCAACAAACUUAGAGUCCAGGAUACCAGUUGUAUGCUCUAAGGCACCUGUGCAUCAUGAAGAGAAGAAUGGCAAGCCAUUCCAUUCCAUCCCAUUACAUGGUGAAGACACAAAGGAAUUCUUGCAGAAUGAGGCUUUCACCAAGAAUAGAAUGGAUAAUGAUUUGUCCAUGUUGAGAAAAAGCAUAUCCAGAAGAAUGUCCCUGGCCCAAAACAAAGUUUCCAAAUCUCCAACCAGCAUAUCCAUGCAUCUUAGACAUCAAAGUAUGUGUUCUGGAGAGGAUGAAGUGGUGAUCAAAGCACAUGAAGCUGAUGAUGUCUCCAGUGAAAAAAACUGGAAUUCCUCCAAUGUUGCAGGAGAACUCAAAUGUCAAUCUUCACCUAUUGAGAAACCCAAUCCAGCAGCUCCUUUGGAUAUGAAAAAGGGUCAUUCCAAAUGCCCUUCAUCAGAUGUAAGAAGAGGAGUGAACUUGUCCCCUCUGGAUGCCAUCCUGGCUCGUCUCACUGGUAGCGUUGAGAAGGCUGUCAUCAUUGACACCAUAAACCAAGAUGAUCUUGGAAAUGGGAAGAUUAUCAUAUGCUUUGCCCAGAAAAAUGAAAAUUCUUCCUCUUUGCUGCGUGAUGCUGCCACUCAAACAGAAGUAUCUCAAGGUGUCAAAGGCUCUCCCUGGAUUAGUGCAAACCAGGUCAAUGGACAAUUCAUGCUGCAUCCUAUCUCCUUCCUCUUCCAGAUGACAGGAGGUAUGAAGUCAAGUAGGAAGAGCCUUCAGAACUUCAAAGCCCUGAAAGAAUCCUUCCCCAUUCUCCAGACUCCAAGGCGAGGUUGCAGUGACCCAGAUAUCUUGAAUCCCUUGGGUCUGCGUGAGGCCAUCCUGCAGAGCUUGGAUGAUCUGUAUGAUGAAGAUUCAGGCUCCCCUGGGCAUCCAUUGUCUGUCAGUCUCCCUUCUCUCCAAUCCUCCUCUUCCCCUAUCACCUAUACCUAG